GCAGUCGCGCAACACCGUCCGCCCGACAACCUCGCGCGCUCGUCCGCGCCACUCCACACCGAAGACUCGCAUCGAGGAGAACCUUACGAUUCUGGUAACCUUCCACAACAAUACGAACACGCGCGUUAAAGGACCGCCGUCUCUUGCACUCCAUUCAUAAAUAUACGUAUCUUGUAGCGUUAUUGCAGUGGUUGUGCCACGUGCGUGUAUGUUAUUAAUCUCAAUAAUAUGUGACAUGCGAAGGUUUUGUGCGGCGCUGGCGGGCGACAUGUGAAACACCAGAAAUACAUUCAAAAUGAAAUAAUAAGAGGGAAGGGUGACCCCCGGCAUGAGGUCGGGGGAGGGCGGCGAGGGUUCCGAGCUGGCGGAGUUCGGUUCGCGGUGGCCGCCGCCCUACUCCUCAGCACAGGGCUACGGCUGGACACGCUCUGCCACGCCACAACAUCCACCCGCACAUCAUCUAGCCAGGCAUUCACGUUCGCAGCAGUGGCUGCAAGAGAAUCGUCAGAGCUAUGAGGCGGAAGACGCACGUGCUCGUGCCCGGGGUGGCGUGUACUACUCUCCUCCGGGCACAUCGUACACAAUUAUCGAAAGGCCGGCAUCAUCGCACGGCCAUCAUGCUUCUUAUUCGCAUCACUACUCCGGGAAAUUAUCUAGAACACCUUACCUGGGAUCAACUAACAUAGCUAGCACUGCAGUGGGCGCAACAAGCUUACGAAACAGCACGAACCACUUGAGUGUGAGUAACGGCAAAAAGCGUCCGAUAUCGCCGGAGCAAGUUCUCAGGUUAUUUGGUCAAGGAGGGGCUGCUGCUUUGGGCAAGGCACUGCCGCCUUCGCAUCCACCAGCGCCUUUGCCUGCUCCAGCUCGAAGACACUCUCCUGCCAGUAGCCCAAGCAGCACUACACAUCAUGCGAUCUAUCGCGGAGGCGAGCGAGACCGGGAGAGGCCGUACUCGUCGGGAGGCGGAGCGCCGCCGCCUACGGAGCCGGCCACCCGCACUGUCACCAUGAGCAGGGACCCCGCCGACUCGCACGGAUUUGGCAUAUGCGUUAAAGGCGGAAAAGAAGCCGGUGUAGGCGUUUACAUAUCGCGGGUAGAGGAGGGUUCAGUGGCGGAACGAGCUGGCCUGCGUCCCGGGGACUCUAUCCUGCAGGUCAAUGGCACGCCGUUCUCCGGAAUUUCGCACGAAGAUGCACUCAAGAUGCUUAAGUCGUGUCGUCAGUUGACGAUGACGGUGCGAACGGCGGGUGCUCUGGUUGGGCGGGCCUCCUGCUCCUGGAUGGACCGGUACGGACGACCUGCCUCUCCGCCUCCACUCCGACCCCCGCGAUCUGCGAGUAAAGACCGUUCAGUGAGAAGGGUGGAUUUAUGUAUAGAGCCAGGGCAAUCGCUGGGACUAAUGAUCCGAGGCGGACUGGAGUACAAUCUCGGCAUCUACAUUACUGGAGUUGACAAGGAUUCAGUUGCAGACAGAGCUGGUCUCAUGGUCGGCGAUCAGAUAUUAGAAGUUAACGGGCAAUCAUUCGUGGAUGUGACCCACGACGAGGCGGUGGCCCAGCUCAAGUAUCACAAGCGCAUGUCUCUGCUUGUGCGAGAUGUCGGGAAAGUUCCGCACGCGUGUACAGCGUACGGUGAACGAGAUCCAAAUCCCAGGAUAAGCGGCUGGGGCAAAAGAAGAGGGGCAGCUUCCGUGGCUGUGGAACAAAAGGCCCGGUCUCUCAUACCGCAGAGCGAUCUGCCUGCACUCGCGUACUAUAUGGAAGAAUAUGCUGCAAGAAGACUCAACCCCGACUCAUUCCUUACAGUACUAAGAGAUCUCUUAGAUACGCCGCAGAAGUAUACUUUACUUACCGAGAUCCGAGAGUUUAUGGUGCCGGAAGACAGACCACGCUUCGAUGAGCUUGUUUAUAGAAAAGGCGACGAAUCUGGCGACUACCAUCUGAAGCGUGGCAGCGAGCGUCACAACAUGCUGCCAUCAUCGACGAUGCACGAAUUGCACGACCCGGAAGUAGCGGUGGAGGCUCCUCUCGUGGCCGAUCACCGUUCUCCAUCCGAGGAUUCCGGAUUGGGCUUGCCGCCGCAUGAUAAUUACAGGAGCGGGCGCACGUGGCGGGCGGCAGACGCACCUCAGGACGACGACUUGGAGCCACCGCACGAGGAGUACGAAGAAGAAGGUAGACAUUCUCGCCGGCACUCUUCUCCUUGCAACUCGCGCGAAGGGAGCACCACAGCCUUGCAUACCCAGCACUAUGAUGACGCGGAGCUAGCACAUAAGAUGUCUCGGAGCUUCGACAUGAAGGAGGAAGGCAAUGCUCUGAUUGAUGAUCGAGGAGGAAUUCGAAGGCAUCAGUCAAUGCAGCGUCUACAGCACGGAGAUCAGCAGACCGAUGAAAGUCGAGCAGCUAGGGUCGUAUCGGACCACCACGGAAACUUACACAUCACCGUUAAAAAGACUAAACCAAUACUCGGCAUAGCGAUAGAAGGCGGCGCUAACACCAAACAUCCACUACCUCGAAUUAUAAAUAUACAUGAACAUGGAGCCGCAUACGAGGCUGGAGGACUAGAGGUGGGCCAGCUGAUUUUGGCCGUAGAUGGACACCGCGUGGAGGGCAUGCAACAUCAGGACGUAGCGCGACUUAUUGCAGAAUCAUUCGCGCAAAGAGAUAAACCAGAGAUCGAGUUCCUCGUCGUGGAAGCAAAAAAGUCGAACUUGGAACCGAAGCCGACAGCUUUAAUAUUUCUGGAGGCCUAACAUCUACUGUCCCUCCCCGCCAGCGACCCACCGGUCCCGCUGGGCAGCGGGAUUCUGGGGGUCGACCUCACCGCGCACACCACGGAAUAGCCAACUCCAACCUGCGCUGCCACAUGCUCUUCUAAAUGCGCUCUUCAACAACAUACGAACCCAACACGAUCCUACCCUACGUUUCUAUCCGAAUUCCUAUCUUCAAACUAAAUAGAAGAACAAUUUGUAUUGCGGAUAAGCUUAUUAAACUGAAAAGCAGAAAGGUAAAGGUCGUGUUUGAUUUGUGGUUGAAAAUGAAAGCGUGUUCCGCUCUACGGGAUGUCAUACGAUCGGAAUAACGAUGAUGAUCAACAUGCCAUAUUUCAAAUAAUAUGACGUUGCAACGGACUGAUAUGAGAACUAUGGCGAAAAUACGAUGCAGGUAAAUCAGUAGGCUAUGCAAAAUUAAUGGCACAAGGGAGGCGAAAAAUUGGUUCGAUCUAGAAGAAUUGUCAAAAUUUUAGGAAGUUUUGCAAUGUUCACUGCCCCGAAUGUUCUAAUUCGUAAACUAAGUCGGUUCCUGUCUCCUAACGGAACAAAUUUUGGACGGGCCGAAGUGAAUUUUGUUAAAUAUUUUCUAGAAUAAAGAAAUCAAGAAAUUUAAAAGUAGUCAGCGACUGAAUUUUAUAAAGAAUCUCUCUUUUACCGAUAACGAUAAGUUCAUCCUAAAAUCUUCACGCAUCGAUCACGAUCUCGAACAGGUAGUUUAAAUUCGUUCGAUAGUCGAUCCAAAACUAACUUUAAUAGAAUUAGUAGUUUCAGAAAUCUCUCACGAAAGCCAUUUUUUUUUCAAGGAUUCGCGCUGUUUUACCGAACGGCAUUGGUGCUAUGGAAAGGAAUCUAUCACACUAUUGAAAACGUUCCAUGUUCACAUCGGUAGUUUGUCAGUAGUGGUCGAUCAGUGCUUGCGCCACACCGAGCUGUCACGUCAUCCGUGUGCCAUCAACGUUGAUUUGGAGUUCACGAGCCACUCAUCCCAGCUCGUUGUACCGAUUCUAUUGUUUGCGUGAACGCGGAUAUCCACCACGCCAUCAAUCAUAGCAUGAGCUAAUGGUGCUGGUAUAUAACCGAAGUCACGACUGAGCAGCCUUAGCGCUACAUCAUCGUCGUCAUCAGUAGAGCAGAGCUUGCAGACUGCAGCACGUGACGCGCUCCUAAGCAAACUUUCUACUUUCUAACUUAACUUAUAAACGAUUUGCAGAAACAUUCAGGAUCUAAAUGAUUUUAAAUUAAUUGUAUUCAAACUUUAAAUUAAAUAUUCAAAUGUAUCUUUGCUAAUUGUGUGGAAAUAGAUAUAUUAUUAUGAAUUUCCUAGUUUGCUUAGCGAGUUCUGACACUAAUCAUGCGUCUUACAUUGUCAUUCCAUUAGGUAGUUUUGCGGUGAGUUUACGAAAAUUUGGCGGAGAGGGAUUUUAGCCCAUUCUAAUAAUUAAAAAGGUAGUAAAUAAGUGAAUGUGUGCAAUAUAAUCAAAUGUUAUUUUAGAUAUUAGAAUCAAUGUACUGUUUCGGCACCCAAAUGAGAUUUAUAUACAAAUCAUUUAGAAGUAACAUCUAAUCUGGAAAACAAUAAUUGUUUAGGCUAUUAUGAACUAUAUUUUAACUUAAUAUGACUGCGUUCCCCAAUGUAAUUAAAGUGGGUAUAUACUAAAGCUUUUUAAAAUUACAUACAGCUAUAGAUAUUGUACACGUUCCAUAUAUUCGUAUUUAUUCGUAUUAUGUAAAGAUGUUUCAUGCUCUGUGUAUUAUUACAUCUGUGUGCUUAGUGCGAGUUUUUUAACUUCUCGAUCGCGUAAAAGUUUACUCAAAUUUGUAUGGAGUUGGAUCAGCACUCCUAGCGGCGAACGUAGGGGCACUAAGCGCACUGUAGUCUUGAAAUACUAUUCCUUUUUUGAGCUAAUUAAUACAUAUGUUGCUGUAAAUAUACUGAUUCGUAAGCUGUAAAUAUCGUGUUUCAAUGUAUUGUAAAAAAUAAUAUAAUUAUUGAAGUUAGUGCCAAAAGCGUUUUACAACCCCUCAUUAAUUAAAUGUACAGUGAAAUAUUACAGAAACUGCAGCAAAAUAUAGGUACAUUACUAUCGUUGUAUACAUUAAUAAAAUUAGCUAUAUAAUAUAAUCGAGCUACAUCACUAAUCGCUAAAUGAAUUAUGCCAUUAGAAUCAAUUUUUAAAUAGGGAUGUUGACUAUAUUCCAACCGAAGUUUAAAAUUAAUAUUUUUUUUAAUGCAUUCACUAAUUAAAACUUACUUAAACGCCCAUAUUUGUUAAUUUCAUAUUACAACUGCGAGUAUGAUGCCAUUUACUAUGAAAUACUAAUGGUAUGAAAUAAACAGGGGCGCUAUCGAGAGAAUUGCAGGUAAAAUUUGAUUUUACAAUUGGAAGAUAAAUAAAAUUUCUAAGAUUUCUGUUUGGCGCUUCCAUUCAAAAUUACUUAAUAUAUAUGCACAAGAAAAAAUUAAUUAAAAAUAGUUCAUAGAGAGAGAUUCUGCACAAGUCUCACACAUUUAAAGUAGUUUUUUUUGGCGUAUAUAGAUAGACGUAAAUAUAGAGGAUUUGUUUAAGACACGAGCUUUGAAAUCUUAUUUGUAUGCUAAUUCAAAAUCCGAAUUCGUUCGAAAUACAAAACAAACGAAUAUAGAAUGUAUGGUACAAAUCUUGAUGUUCUCCAUUGUCGAUUAAAUAUUGACCCUGACUUCGCUUCCAUAGGAUCAAGUCCCAAUAGCAGUGACAGUGUUUUGUUAAAAAUACACUCGUUAUUUUGCUCGUAUAUGUGCUUCUAGUACACAAAACUAGAGCUAAGCUUUAGUUGGCGCCAUUGAAUGUGGAAUCUUUACACAUUCAACUGUAUUCGCGGUCCGACAGAUACUGAACUGUUGUUCUAUUUCAGAUUUAAAUUGAUUUGAUUAAUGGUUUUGGAUUUUGGUAAUACAUUUUAUUGCAUUAAUGUUACCUUGAUGUUUACCCCUAUACCUAAGUUUCUUAGUAUUACCAUAGUUGUAUUGUUAUGAAUGCUGUGUUUUCGUGUAACUACUAAUAAGUAUAAUACUGAAAGCGACUUAAUAAAAACCUUUUUAUCAAAAUUAUGUUGGAAAACGAAAAUAAAUAAGUUGAUUGUUCGUUCAGAUAAACGAUUGUGUGUCGCAAAGAUCACAAAGACGACUUUUGGUUCGCGAGAGAUUUUAAAAAUAAAUGUUUUUUUUUUUUGCUUAGAUGGGUGGACGAGCUCACAGCCCACCCGGUGUUAAGUGGUCCCUGGAGCCCGUAGACAUCUACAACGUAAAUGCGCCACCCACCUUGAGAUAUAAGUUCUAAGGUCUCAGUAUAGUUACAACGGCUGCCCCACCCUUCAAACCGAAACGCAUACUGCUUUCACGGCAGAAAUAAGCAGGGCGGUGGUACCUACCCGUGCGGACUCACAACACCACCAGUAAAAAUAAUAAUUUGGUAAUAAUAUAUGAAUCAAGCGCAAGUUUACUAACGGUAAUUUUCCAGAGUGUACUGAUAACAAAUGCUAAGCAGUAUACCAUUUUGUAACUUCUUAAAAAUAUAAAGUCUAUUCACAAUUUCAACAUUUGUAAACCCAUCCUUCGAGACUGGAAAAGAAGGAUUAGUACAAUUGCAUUAGUAAAACUGAUAAAAAAAUACUCUUUCAAUAAAAUUACAAGCGAUUCAAAUUACGAGCGAUCGUGAUAAACUGCGUGCUCUUCGAAUGCAAUAAAAAACUUUGAGGGGCUUUUACGUAGAAUAUUCUUUAUUGUUUCUAACUUACUAUUUAUCUACGGUAAGUUAGUAUUAGUAGGUAUUUAUACAAAAUAAUUUAGUUGAAGUUUCCAUCAAGAGUAUUCACAUUAUAAAAACAUAUUUUGUUAUUACAGUCAGCAUCCCUAUUAAAGAAAUCCUAAUAUAAUUUUUAAAUGUUAUAGAGCUAUUCAAUUGAAUAAAAAAAGGAAGGAAGUGAAUGUUACUACAGGUUAAAAAAUCGUUAAUGAACCGAUAAACGUCUCUAUUUAUAAAAUCGUGUUUCUAUCUACGUUCACCCCAAACUGUUUUGGGUCGCGUAAGCAACAUCGAUUGUGCACAGAUUCAAUUAUAUUUUAUACGGAUAAUGUAAUUAAUUUUUAGAUUUUAAUUAAUGUGAAUAGUGUAUCUAACUUAAGUUUUAUUCUUACAAAUGAAGCCGUUUUUCGGCCUCUGUUUCAGUCAAUUGACCAUAUAACAUAAAUACGAACAGGCCAAUGCAUACAUAAACAGUUUUAAACAUAAUAAAGUUAAAAUUUAUUAACAUUAUGGAAUAUUUUAAGUAUAUACUUCGCUGACAUUUCAAGAGAAUAUAAACAGUAUGUAAAAUAAUUUUUAAUGAAUAAUUAUUCAGAUGGAGCCCCGUUUAUUAAUCAAACUUGCCUUUAUAUAGUAUAUUUCAUUUUUAUGUAUAUUAUGAAUAUUUAUACUCUAACAUUAUUCUUUUAUUACAUAUUAAAUGAGUUCACAAUUUCCUAAUAUUCUAUGCCGUCCAUUUGUUUUUGCAUUUGGUUUUUCCUAACGUACGUAAUUUUAAAUAUGGUUGAUUCAAACAAAACUUUUUUAAUGAAAUCGCUCAGUCACUCUUGUAACUGUAAAACCUUUUUGGAUAUAACUUAACAAAAAAAAGAAUUUGAUCACAUGAGUGAGAUUAAAAUAACAGCAACACCGUUGCUGUUAUUACACCAAUUACAGCAAUAAUAAUGUAGAAGAUUGUGUAUCCAACAAAAAUUUAAUUUCAAGAUCCAUAGUUUUAACAUGAUUCAUUUUAUUGUGAAUUUCUAUUUAUUUGGAUUUAUCUGUUAAAUAUAUUGUAAACAUAAUCUACAAAUAGCUACCUAUUUAUGUGUUGGUAUCGCAUGAUAUGAUAUUUUUUGCUAGGAACAGAUGUUUCAUUGAAAAAAGAUCCAUGUUGUAGUCUGUUGUUGUUUGUCAUAAAUGACAAAAUAUAUUGUUACCUAGAUA